GGAGGACGGGUUAAACUGGCAAUUCACAUAGCACUGGAUUUACCGGACUCCACCUGUCGCGAGCCCUGUUUUUUUCUGUCAGUGUCGCAGCAAACGAUAACAGCGCGCUGUGACAUAGGUCGGCACGAGACACAAACACAGGAGCGAGACCUGGCUCGUUCUUUUUUUUCGUUUACCGAGGACAGAGAGGGAAACAACAACCAUAACUCCGGUGGAUGGUUUUAUCCGCAGUGUCUCAGCCAGCCAGCCAACCGGGGAGCAAAAUGUCAAGACAGCAGCACCGGACGCCGUUAAAACUCACCGACAACGUGGUGGAGGUCAAGAGCAAAUUUGAGGCAGAAUACCGGCGCUUUGCUCUAAAGAGGAAUGGCCCGGGUGGGUUUCAGGAGUUCUACUGCCUCCUCCAAACCAUCCAUCGCAUCCCUGGUGUCGACGUGCUGCUGGGAUAUGCUGACAUCCAUGGUGACCUCCUUCCAAUCAACAAUGAUGACAACUUCCACAAAGCUGUCUCCUCAGCCAAUCCACUGCUCCGCAUUAUCAUAACCAAGAAAGAGGAUGAACCGGUAGUUUUUGCCACCAACUCCCUUCAGAGGCGUAAAAAGGGGCUGGGCUUAACCGGACUGCGCACCACCGGCUCAGGCUCCACUCAUUCAAAGAACAAACCAGGGCUUAUGAUUGGCCUGCCACAAAACUUCAGACAGAUCUCAUCCAUUAUUGAUGUGGACAUCUUACCUGAAACACACCGACGUGUACGACUCCACAAGCACGGUACCCACAAACCACUGGGCUUCUACAUCCGUGAUGGGGUUAGUGUUCGGGUGACACCACAGGGCGUAGAGAAGGUCCCAGGGGUUUUCAUUUCUCGUCUGGUACGUGGCGGGCUAGCAGAAAGCACGGGGCUGCUGGGAGUUAAUGACGAGAUCCUGGAGGUCAAUGGCAUCGAUGUAGCAGGAAAAUCUUUGGAUCAGGUUACAGACAUGAUGGUGGCCAACAGUCACAACCUCAUUGUGACUGUCAAACCGGCUAACCAGAGGAACAAUGUGGUGCAUCGUGGGAGUAAAACCUCAAUGGGCAACUCUGGUUCUGUGGGCUCAGCUGGAUCUACUGGCUCUGUUUUGUCACAUGACUCACCAAGCCCCGCCUCUCAGAGCAAUCCUAUUACUGCAAGCAACAGCAUUGCCGAGGGCGACAGUGAUGAAGAUGAUGAUGAUGAUGAUGAUGAUGAUGAUGAUGAUGAUGGUGACCUUAUUCUGGAAAAUGACUGCCUGACACCCUACGAAUCCCACCGGGUAACCAACAGCAACAACACUAACCUCAACAGAGACUCACCUAGCAACAGGCCGCAUAACUCCGCUGAAGUCAGGCCCCUCCCACAGAGCGUCUCAUUGCCUAAUAGCGUUGGCGCAUCCCUGAGUGACAGCUCCAUGGUGGUGUCCAAUCACAAUGGAAACCCCACCCACACGUCUAGUAGCAGUCAAGAGAGCAUGAGAGAGGAUGGCAACAUUUUAACACUGUAACCAUGACAAAACUGACAGCUACACUGCAAAAGUCAGGAAGAUGGACUGUUACAACCAGAAUGCUGUAACCAUGACAACUCCAGAUGGCUUUUCUCCUGAACAGACUCAGUGGCACUUCUUCUUUUAAAGCUUCCUCCUGUUGACUUACUGAUAGUUUCUCUUCUUAAAGUGCAGAAAGAUUAGGAACAGUGACUGCACUGCAUAGAGACAGCACACAAUCCACCAGCUUAACAACUCUCGCAACACUUUAUAUGUCUGCCACAUGUGGCUGAGUUAUAUAUACACCUGAAUUGUCAAGUUCAAAACAAUAAUUUGUGGCUACCCAAAGGAAAUUAUUAACUGAUCAACGUAGACUCAUAGGGAGCAACAACACUGAGAAAUAACUGUUAAUGCCCUUGUAAAAGCCAUAGAUUGUUAGUUUGAUGUGUUGUUAAGUCAUCCUUAUUCCAACAUUGUUUGUGAAGUACGACAAAACUACAAACCGACACCAAACACAAACAUCAGUUUUAACUGCAGGAUGGCUGAUGUGUUCAUUAUAACAAGACAAUGAAGGCACAAUAUAAAGUGAAUCCUUAAGGGCGCUAUUUUACUAAACAACCAUUGCAAGCAGCGCUCCGACAAUUUGGUGAUUGCCUGACAUUGAAAUUCUCUUUGCCCACGUCUGUUUCCAGAGCAAAGUCACUCUGCUGUCAAUCGAGGGAUUUUCACAAUUGCACAGCAAUAAUGGAAUUAUCUACUAGGCCUACUGCUACUACAAGCUUUUCCACCAGUAGUUGAAUUUAAAUUGAACUGUGAAAUUAAAGUUUAUUGUGGGUAAAGCAGAACCGUCAGUAGAAUUAAAUAUGAGUGAUUGCUCCAGUAUGUGUUGUCCACAGCUGGUUUAUACUGCAUUAAAAGUUUCUCCUUCAGGUCAUUAAAUGGUUGCAGACAUGUGAAGGCAGCAGGACACAGGUGGUGAUAAAUCUGCAGCCUCUGUUUUGAGUUCUGUUUAGAGCUCAGUUGUUUUACAGCUAUAAGAGCAGUGUGACAGGCGAAGAGUGGAUUUUUUAUUCACCACAUCCUUUGAUCAAUAUUCCACUUCACUCAGCCCAUUUGCACUUUAUACUGCUGCACAUACAUGAACCAAAGUAUGAGGUGGAGAUGCACACACAGAUUCAACUGGUUUAAACCACUUUAAAGUGAGAUCAAAGGGGUCUAUCAAAUAUGAUUACUGUGGAUCAUCAUAUAUAAUGAUUCUGAUUUUACAAAUAAUGUCAUCAACAGUUAUUCAUAAAAUAGGAUGGAGAUGAGAUGGAAAGGUGAAGGUGAGGUGUAGGUACACAGUGACUAUAUUUUAUGAUUUUCACAUAAUUUAAGAAUUAAUAAAGUGCAAACAUCAGUUCCCUCCCUAGUAUAGCAAACUUUAAUCAUAUAUACACAAACACGUGGAUAUGCACACAAACACACUAUAAACCAUCAGGGAGCAGGGGUCAGAAUAUUGAAAUUCCUGUCAUGGUUGAACAAUCUCAGUGCAGCGUGAGUGUCUUAUCUGACUCAUAUAAAUAUGUGUGUGUGUGUGUGUUUAUGCAUGUGUGAGGCCAUGGUGUUGUUGUUGGAGCUCUGGGGGUAUUGCCUUACAGUCAGAAAUGUUGGCUGACUCAGUCACACACGGCACUCUUUCUUUACAGUCCUCUGUCUCACAUCCUACUUUCAACCACACUACAACAUUUUUUGACUGACUGUCAAACACAAUCAAUGUUACACUCAAGUUUACAAAAUAAUAUCAGCUAUGUGAUGUACAACAGAAGAUGGACAAUGGUCAUAAACCAUCUUUGUAAACUUGGCCUUGGGUGAUGCCAAGGCCGUGCUUAGGAACAAAUUAGCUGAUUUAAAUGGGUCUGAUGGCUAUUUCCUCUCGAUGGAGAAACAAACGACCAAUCAGAGCUCUGUAGGAGGGUUUAAAGAUGUAUACAUCAUCGUCCUGUAUUUGUAGAUAUAUGAAGCUUUAUGAAACAUACUGGCAGGAAAAUGGCAGCAAAAAGGAUGACAAGCAUUUAAGAGAUGAUGAUCAUCAUAUUUCUUAGACCAACCUUUAGCUUGUGAUGGAGUGAAGCAGUCUGUGAGACAUGUUAUUUCUGAUUAGAUGUUUAUACAGAAAACCCCUGAGAUCUAUGAGAGUCAUAAUAUUAUCAAAGUAUCAUCAAGAAUAAUGCUCAAACCUUACCCUGCGUCCCAAAUAUCCAUGAAAGCACAAUGUAUGUCAUUCAGCAAAUUUAAGGUUUGGUUGGGAAGUUUCCUGUGGCAAAUGGAAUUCUUGAUCCCAGUACUGGUCUGUGUGUGCAUAGCUCAGCCUGAUGUAACUGUCUCCUGCUAUGUCAAACGUAGACUGAGAUUCGCUGAAAGGAGUUUCUAUGAAGGCAAAGGAUGUAGCAUCUCUAACCAAACUCUGGCUGCUUAAUAUAAUUGAAACGAGGUACUGAGUUUGAAAUCAAAUCAUAAACACUUAGCCAAGUUAUAUCCACUUGGGUCAAUAGGUAAUAGACACUGUCUGGUUGAACGUGCUGCUUGUUAAAAUGCUAUGAGCAAACAGCAAGAGGAACUUAACGGAAAGCAUGAGGAGUGCUUGAAAGAUUGUCUAAGUCCACUGAUGCUGACCUGGAUAUAUUUCGUCAAAGUUUGAUGUAAACAGCUACACACACAAACACACACACAAACACAAAACAGUCACUUUUUUUCAUUUUAAUGUAUGUUACUGUAAAAUACAAAUGUAAAUGCAAGAUUAUAAAACAAGGGAGAUUUUCAUUACCUGGGAGAAGUUUUUAUGUAAGAGAACAUUUUAUAACGUGUAACAUAUGUAGAGUAUUUUUCUUAUUCUUGUACUUUUAAAUUGUAUAUGAGAGGAUACAGGAGGUGAUGUGAACAGUAUGUGUGGUAGGUUGUUGCUGUAUGUAUCAACAUGCACACAAUGUGCUGUUUGUGUUGAGCAGAUGUGAUUAGAACCACCGCGUAAUUAAAUAUGAAGGAUGUUGUUUUCAGAGAUAGGUUUUUCCAAGUCAAACUUAAUUUGUAAUAAAUGCAUGCCAAAAUGUUUCAUGUUAAUAAUGAAAAUCCUGGAAUAUUCCCCAAAAGAAGAGUACCAUUGCCAUGUACGUCUGCACAGUCAUUCCAAGGUUCACAUGUCAGGUGCUUACCGUGGCUUAUAAAUUUAUUCAACAUUGUAUGGAUCAUUUGUCUUUGCUGUUGUAUGAUUGAUAUUUUUUGUCCCUACCAACAAGCACAGUGUUUGAAAUCUUCGAGACAAGCACUGGUGGUUUUUUAAGGCAAAUAUUGAGCAACCUUAACAAAAUUCAAGUGUACAGAAUGCAUGAGUGGAUUACCAACUGGGCAAAGUGGACCAGACCACCAGCAGCCCCAAAGGCCCCAGCUUCACUGUGUGGCAAUGUUGGCAACUGAUUAAUUAUAAAUUUGUUUGGUAAUGCGCACCACUAAUGUACAAUAUAAACUGAAGUGACCAAG